GGGCGGGGCGGCGGGAGGGGCGGGGCCAGGGAGGGGCGGGGCUCGCUCCGACCUGGACCGGGAGCUGUCCUCCCUUUCGGGCCGCCGCCUCCUCCCCGCGCUGUGCAGGACUUGUGCUUUAGGCGCCGCGGGUCCUGAGCAUCGACUUCCAGGCACAGGACAAGGAAGAUGGAAGAGUCUGCAGACCAGUUGCAGCCACUGAAUGACAGUCAAGUAGACAACUCUGAGGGCGGAUAUGUAUGGCAGGUCACAGACAUGAACCGACUGCACCGUUUCUUGUGUUUUGGUUCUGAAGGUGGCACCUACUAUAUCAAAGAGCAGAAGCUGGGUCUUGAAAAUGCUGAAGCCUUAAUUAGAUUGAUUGAAGACGGCAGAGGAUGUGAAGUGAUACAGGAGAUCAAGUCAUUUAGUCAGGAAGGCAAGGCUGCAAAGCAUGAGCCGUUGCUGUUUGCACUUGCCAUUUGUUCCCAGUGUUCAGACAUAAAGACGAAACAAGCAGCGUUUAAAGCUGUUCCUGAAGUUUGUCACAUCCCAACCCAUCUCUUCACUUUUAUCCAGUUUAAGAAAGAUCUGAAGGAAAGCAUGAAAUGUGGUAUGUGGGGUCGUGCUCUCCGGAAGGCUGUUGCAGACUGGUAUAAUGAAAAAGGUGGCAUGGCCAUUGCUCUGGCAGUUACAAAGUAUAAACAAAGAAAUGGCUGGUCUCACAAAGAUCUCUUAAGACUGUCACAUCUUAAACCUUCCAGUGAAGGACUUGCUGUUGUGACCAAAUAUAUUACAAAGGGCUGGAAGGAAGUACAUGAACUGUAUAAAGAAAAAGCACUUUCUGUGGAGACUGAAAAACUACUGAAGUAUCUGGAGGCUGUGGAGAAGGUGAAGCGUACAAACGAUGAGCUGGAAGUCAUUCAUCUAAUUGAAGAACACCAGUUAGUUAGGGAACAUCUGCUCACAAAUCACCUGAAGUCUAAAGAGGUAUGGAAGGCUUUGUUACAAGAAAUGCCCCUCACUGCACUACUGAGGAAUCUGGGAAAGAUGACUGCUAAUUCAGUGCUUGAACCAGGAAAUUCUGAAGUAUCUUUAGUAUGUGAAAAACUAUGCAAUGAAAAACUACUCAAAAAGGCUCGUAUACAUCCAUUUCAUGUUCUAAUUGCAUUAGAAACCUACAGAACAGGUCAUGGACUCAGAGGUAAAUUGAAGUGGACUCCUGAUAAAGAAAUUUUGCAAGCAUUGGACACUGCUUUUUAUAAAACAUUUAAGACGGUUGAGCCAACUGGGAAGCGUUUCUUGCUAGCUGUUGAUGUCAGUGCCUCUAUGAACCAGAGAGUUUUGGGUAGUAUACUCAAUGCUAGUACUGUUGCUGCAGCAAUGUGCAUGGUGGUCACACGAACAGAAAAAGAGUCUACAGUAGUUGCAUUUGCAUGUGAUAUGGUUCCAUUUCCUGUGACUACAGACAUGACCUUACAGCAGGUUUUAACGGCUAUGAAUCAGGUGCCAGCAGGUAGCACUGAUUGCUCCCUUCCAAUGAUCUGGGCCCAGAAGACAAACACAGCUGCUGAUGUCUUCAUUGUAUUCACUGAUAAUGAGACCUGUGCUGGACAGGUGCAUCCUGCUGUUGCCCUGAAGGAGUACCGAAAGAAAAUGGAUAUUCCUGCUAAAUUGAUUGUUUGUGGGUUGACAUCAAAUGGUUUUACCAUCGCAGACCCAGAUGACAGAGGCAUGUUGGAUAUGUGCGGCUUUGAUACUUCAGCUCUGGAUGUGAUUCGAAAUUUCACGUUGGAUGUAAUUUAACCAUAAGUACCAGAAUGGCCUGAGGGGUCCACUGCUGCAGUGGACUUCACGAAAACUCACAGCUGCUUCCCAGCUAAACGCAGUGGUGAGAAGUGUCAUCAGUGUGUGCAUGAUGGAAAUGGACUUGGCCAAGAGCAGGAAAAGAGGGAAGGAAGGAAAAGCAUGUUGAGCCCAAAGGUGCAUGUGCUCAGCUAGCUCUUGAGAAGUCUUCAGGAUGCUGUAGCUUUCUCGUAGAGAACUUCUUUUAAUAGACACUGUAAAAUAGUCAUGUUUUACUCCAGUGAAUCACACAUCUCUACUUAAAGCAGGUGAGCCUCACAUGCCACUUAUUUAAGAAGUGCUUGUUUUCUUAAAGGUUUUCAUUGGAAAAGGACAGUUUUCAUAAUUUCCAAAUACUCUGAAGUGCACUAGACCAUGUGACUGUGAUGGAAAUGAACCUCAUGAGGUAAAUUUUUAUACCAAGGGGUUUUAAAAAAAAAAAAAAAAAAAAACUAAGAUGCU